CAAAAAAAGGUGCAUCGUUUUUCAAAUCAUCAAGUCAAAAUUAAUAAAAAAAUCAAAUCACACAUACCAACACAAUGUCCACAAAAAUGACGCUCAUCUCCAAAACAAUUCUCUCCGUCCUCAUCACCGUUAUCAUACCCGUGCUCGGCGCCGCGCUUAGCAAAACAGUGCUUUAUCAGGCGCCCGACGAGUGCCGCUGGUCCGGCACCAGCGAAGCGGACAUCACGCUCGUCUGCCACCUGCGCACCAUCAACUCGGAGCUGGAGAACACCAACUUCAGCGUCAUACAGCCACAGAAUACGAUACGCUUGCGGCUGGAGUGCAACGAUGCACUCUUCUUCCAGAGCAGCCUCAGCCCGGACUCGUUCCGUUCGCUGGUGGAGCUGCGCGCACUCACCAUCGAAUACUGCAAGCUGGGCAACAUCACAGAAGGCUCGUUUCGUGGUCUGCAGGAUUUGCGAAAUUUGACGAUACGCACGCACAACGGUGACUGGUCCACCAUGUCGCUGGAUAUUGGGAGUAGCAGCUUUAGCGAAUUUCGUCAGCUCGAUCGCUUAGAUUUGAGUUUGAAUAAUAUCUGGCUGAUACCGGACGGUAUGGUGUGCCCGCUGAAGGUGCUCACACACUUGAAUAUCUCACACAAUGAGAUACAGGAUAUUGGCAAUUUCCAUUUUAGCGCCUCGCUUAGCACGCGUAAAUCGCGCAUAUGCGGCUCGUCGUUGACACAUCUUGAUUUGAGCGCCAAUAAGAUUGCCAAUCUGCCAUCUGCGAUUUUUUCCGGUUUGGGGCGUUUAAGUAAUUUGAAUUUGGCGCGUAACGGCAUGAAUUUCAUUGCGGAUCGCGCUUUCGAGGGUCUGGUGUCACUUUCCGUUGUUAAUCUAUCGGGCAACCGUUUGACCUCGUUGCCGCCUGAACUCUUUGCAGAGGCGAAGUACGUCAAAGAGAUUUAUCUGAAGAAUAACAGUAUUAAUGUGCUUGCGCCUGGCUUAUUUAGCGAUCUUGCCGAUUUACUCGUAUUGGACAUGUCUGCGAAUGAGUUGAAUUCACAAUGGGUCAAUGCGGCCACCUUUGUCGGCUUGAAGCGUUUGGUGCUGCUUGAUUUGUCUGCUAAUAAGAUUAGCAAAUUGGAAGCCAGCAUUUUCCGUUCGCUCAGCUCAUUGCAGAUACUCAAGCUGGAGGAGAACUACAUUGAUCACAUUCCGGACGGUGCAUUCGCCGAUCUGGCCAACCUGCACACGCUCAUACUUUCGAACAAUCGCAUUUCCGCGGUCGGCCCGCACACAUUGCGUGGCCUUUAUGGCAUACUUGUGCUGAGCCUUGACUACAAUCGCAUCACCAAGAUAGACACGCAAGCGUUGCGCAACUGCUCUAGCAUACAGGAUUUACAUUUGAAUGGCAAUAAGCUGCAGACCAUACCGGACGCACUGAGCGCUGUGCCGCUGCUGAAGACAUUGGACAUUGGCGAGAAUUUAAUUACGAACAUUGAAAAUACCAGCGUUUCGGCGAUGGGCAACUUGUAUGGCUUACGGCUGACCGAGAAUGCCAUUGAGUUCAUACGGCGCGGCGUAUUCGAUCGCAUGACAUCGCUGCAGAUACUGAAUUUGUCUGGCAACAAAAUCAAAGGCAUCGAAGGCGGCUCACUGCAUCGUAACACGCAGCUGCAGGCCAUACGGCUGGAUGCCAACCAACUGAAGAGCAUCGAUGGCCUGUUCACCGAGUUACCAAAUUUGGUGUGGCUAAACAUUUCGGAUAAUCGUUUGGAGAAGUUCGACUACUCGCACAUACCGACCGGUUUGCAGUGGUUAGAUGUGCGUGCCAAUCGCAUAACGCAGCUGGGAAAUUACUUUGAAAUCGAAAAUGAGCUAAGUUUAAGCACAUUUGAUGCAAGCUCAAAUAUGCUAAGCGAGAUUACAGCAAGUUCCAUACCGAAUAGCGUGGAAGUCUUGUACUUGAACGAUAACAUGAUCAGCAAGAUACAGCCAUACACGUUCUUCAAGAAACCCAACCUGACGCGCGUCGACCUCAUACGCAAUCGACUCACGACGCUAGAACCAAAUGCUUUGCGACUCUCGCCCAUUCCAGACGACAAGGACAUACCCGAAUUCUACAUUGGCCACAAUCCAUUCCAAUGUGACUGUAAUCUAGAUUGGCUGCAGAAGGUCAACACCGAGUCACGCACGCAACCGAAGCUCAUGGAUCUCGAUCAGAUCUACUGCAAGUUGUCGUAUGCGCGCGGCAAGACGCACGUGCCGCUCAUUGAAGCCAAGUCGAAUGAGUUUCUUUGCAAAUACGAGGCGCACUGUUUUGCGCUAUGCCACUGCUGCGACUUUUAUGCAUGUGAUUGCAAAAUGGAGUGCCCAGAUCGCUGUGCUUGCUAUCAUGACCAAUCGUGGACAUCGAACGUCGUCGACUGUUCGCGUUCCGCCUACGACCGCACACUGCCUUCGCACAUUCCAAUGGACGCGACACAGCUCUACUUGGAUGGCAAUAACUUCCGCGAACUCUCAAGCCACGCAUUUAUUGGACGCAAGCGUUUAAAGGUGCUGCAUCUGAAUCACUCGCGCAUCGAAAUUGUACACAAUCGCACAUUCUACGGCUUGCUAGAGCUCGAAGUGCUGCAGCUGAACCACAAUAACCUGCGUCAAUUAAAUGGUAAUGAGUUUCAAGGGCUGGACAAUCUGCAGGAGUUAUAUUUGCAACAUAAUGCCAUAGCCAGCAUUGACACGCUCACCUUCACACACCUCUAUCACCUGAAGAUUUUGCGUCUCGAUCACAACGCCAUCACAGAGUUCGCCGUUUGGAAUUUCCUACCCUCCUACCUAAAUGAGCUGCGACUAGCUGGCAAUCCUUGGUCGUGCAAUUGCGACUUUAUCGACAAGCUGCGCGAUUAUGUCAAUCGACACGAGGCGGUGCAGGAUAAGGCGAAGUUGCGUUGCUCACUGCUCGCUGGCAACAAUGGCACUUUUGCUGGCAACAACAACAGCGUCUUGAAUGCGCAGCCACCGGCCAGCGAACAGCUUGCGAUCUACCUCAGCGGCGAUCCGCUACUGGAUGCACAAACCCACUUUGUGGCGUGCAAUGGUGGCUUGCAAGCACCACAACAUCAGUCGCCGCUCGGCGCCGGCCAAUACCCCGGUGGCAGCGGUCAUGGCGCUCAUCCAAGUGAAAAUGAGAUAAUCAAUGGCAAUAUGACCUCCACAAAAAUGAUACUCUCGCAGCCACCCAUGCACGAAUAUGUGCCUAUACUUGUUGCCAUACUGACCAGCUUCGUUUUCGUGAUCAUUUGCACGCUGCUCGUCUUCAUCUUUCGCCAAGAAAUGCGCGUCUGGUGUCACUCACGUUUCGGCAUACGGUUGUUCUGCAAUGCGAAUCGCGAUGUCGAUAAGAAUGAACGGGAAAAACUGUUCGAUGCCUUCAUCUCGUACAGCUCCAAGGACGAGGCAUUUGUGUGUGAAGAUCUUGCACCCAUGCUGGAACAGGGUGAUACGCGUUACAAAUUGUGUCUACACCAUCGCGAUUUCCCCGUGGGCGGCUACAUGGCCGAUGCUAUAGUGCAAGCUAUUGACACCUCGCGACGCACCAUCAUGGUGCUCUCCGAGAAUUUCAUCAAAUCAGAGUGGUGCCGCUUCGAGUUCAAAUCGGCGCAUCAGUCAGUAUUACGUGAUCGGCGGCGACGUCUCAUACUAAUCGUGCUCGGCGAAGUACCGCAAAAGGAUAUCGAUCCUGAGUUGCGUCUCUAUCUGAAAACCAACACAUACUUGCAAUGGGGUGACAAACUGUUCUGGGAAAAGUUGCGUUUCGCGCUGCCUGAUGUGCCCAACAAUCAACGACGUAUGCGCAAUGCAGGCGGUGGCGUUGGCGGCUGCACUGGCGUAGGUGUGCACAUGCCCAUCGCCCAACUGCCACCCGCACAUCAUCACCAUCCGCAUCACAUGCUGCCACAAGGCAACAAUGGCGGCGCGGGCAGCAACAUCGGUGGGCCCGGCAGCCAUCAUCUGCAUCACAUGCACCCGCAAGCGUCACUACAACACCAUCAACUGCAACAUGCCAGCUUCCGGUCGCAAAUGCAUCACAAUAUCAACGGCAGUCGACAAAAUCACAACCGAAACAACUCGGCUGCGGCCGCCGCCGCGCAGCAACAACAUCAGCAGGCGGCAAUGUUAAUGGGAGCGCCUGUGCAGUGCGCGCAAAUGCCACUGCCGCCACAACAGUCACAACAACUACUACCGACGGCGUCUGGUGCGGGCGCGCAACCUAGUAGCAUACAACAGCAGCAGUUGCCGCCACCGCCGUGUCCCAGCCCGCGUAGCAUUACGACACAGUCAUCGGCGGCGGGUGGUAGCUCACAGAGUUCCGGCCGUACAAUGGGCGUGCACAUCUAA